CCAAUUUGCAUUUUCAAAUCAAACGAGUAGUCAAGAAUUUUCGAAACGAUAUGGCGACAACCUCCAAGGUCUCUAGCAUAACGCCCGGGGCAAAUCAUUCGCCGGCGGCGGGCUCUUCGCCGCUUCUUCCAAGAGAUGCAUCUCUCGCCGCGGCUUACGAGCGUUACCUCCGGCUUUCAGAUCUCGCCAGGCUCUGGAAUUCAAGGGAUUUCCCCCAGUGGAGGAGCGAAUCCGUGCUCAAGCCGGCGAUUCAAGCCCUUGAGAUCACUUUCCGGUUAAUCUCCAUCGAGCUAUCCGAUCCCCGGCCGUACGCGAACCAUAGGGAAUGGAGUCGCCGGCUGGAAUCGCUCGCGGCUUUGGAGAUUGAGAUUAUUGGAAAUUUAUGCGAAGAGGAUGGUGGUGGCGGUGCUCCGGUCGUGGAUUUGCGGUCGAGUGCUGGGGUUUUGGCCCGAGAUCGGAGCUCGCAGGAGGUGUGGCAGUUACCCGGAGGCGCCGGACCCGUCGUGAGCCGGUCGAGCGAGGAGAGCCUUCUCCCUCGCCUAGCCGCGUGGGAGAAGUCUAAGAACAUCGCUGGUAAGAUCCAGUUCCAGAUCGAGAGCCGGAUGCAGGGGAGUCCAUUCACGUUAGGGUUGGGCGAGCCGAACCUCGCUGGAAAACCCAUAUUGGAGUACGAUCUCGUCGUCCGACCUUCCGACCUACAUUCCCUGAAGAAGACUCCCUUUGAGAAUCUCAACAAUCACGAGAACCAGAAGCUCUUCAACAUCCACCAGAUCCUCGAGUCCUGGCUUGCGUCAGCGAAGGAACUCACGAGGCGGUUAGUGGAUCGCAUCGACUCUUCCGAUUGGGCUGCAGCCGCUGGCGACUGCUGGCUCCUGGAGCGAAUCUGGAAGCUCCUCGCGGAGAUCACGGAUCUGCAUCUACUAAUGGAUCCGGACGAUCUCCUCCGGCUCAGGGGUCAACUCGCGUUACGCACAAGCACAGGAUCGGAGGCAUUCUGUUUCCGAUCAGCGGCGCUGCGAGAAGUCACCGCUGCUUCAGGCAAGGAAUUGAAACGGAGGGUGCCGUGGGUGCUGGGCGCUGAGGCUGAUCCGAGCGGGGGGCCGAGGUUACAGGAGGCGACGAUGAGGCUAUUUCAUAGCCGGCGGCGAGGGGAUGGCGGAAAUCCUGGAAGAAUUCAACUUUUGCAGGCAUUUCAGGCGGUGGAGGCUGCGUUGAAGAGGUUCUACUAUGGAUACAGGCAGGUGUUGACGGCAGCGAUGGGGAGCUUGGAGGCGACGGAAUGCCGGCCCCUGGCUGUCUCGCCGGAGUCCGGCGAUUCAUUGUCGCAGAUGUUUUUGGAGCCGGCUUACUUCCCCAGUCUGGAUGCCGCGAAAACGUUUCUGGGAGAGCUAUGGCAGAAUGAGCACCGACGCAGCAGCAGCGGUAGAUCGGACGGUAGGUGUGGGACGAGGUAAUAAGGUCCAACGGUGGAUUGGUGGUUUGGAGGAUGAAUUAGUACGACGAGUAAUGUCGGAUUCGAUCGGAUGCAUUUGAUUGCGUGUUAUAAUUUUGAAUGUUUUAGCUUUGGCAUUGGGGUUAGGGUAUGAUUUAUACUUUGUUUAAAUUUAUUAUUCAAUUUUGGUUAUUUUUACAUUAUAUGUAAAUUUUCAAUAAAUUAGUUUAUUGUCAUUUCAAUUGAUCUUGAUUAAUGGUGGUUGAAUAA